GAAAGUGAUCUUCGAGAAAUUCACCAAGACCUAGUGAACUGUUGUAAUUGUACUGAAAGAGAGAUCGAGGUGCAAGAGAGAUUAAGAACAGAACAACUGAAUGAGAUAUGUCAGCUUUCCGCUCGAAUCAGUGAACUCACCGAUCACGUAGAGAAAGCGCGGCUGAGAGAGUCCGAGCUCGCUGAAGAGGGUGGCAAGAUGGGUGGAAUAUCUAAGAGAAGAAAAGCAAAAGCAAUUAUUUCUGAUGAUAUCGAGUAUAACAUCAACAUGCUCAUGCAGAUGCGAACACGAGUUGACAAUAAACUUGUGGAAAUCAAGCAAAGGAAAAGGGAACACAAACACCAUUUGAAACAAAUGAAGAACGAAAUGCUUCUGAUGCAUCAAGAGCUGGGCGAAUGGGACAGAAAAUAUGACGAGCUGUGUGAAAUGAUAAAGCGAAUGGAAGUCACCCGCCGGCAGUUACAAGAAAGAAUCAAAGAGCAACAGCAGAGAGAAACAACAGCUAAGGCAAGAGCAGCAAAGCGAUGUACGAGCAAUUACAGCUCACCUGCAUUGAAGCUUGACAAGAAACUGCACGAUCUUUAUGGCUCCAUCGGCGAGAACGAGGAUGGAACGCUCAAGGUUUCGGUUGAUUUUUGA